AGAAGAAAAAAGGGUGAAAAAAAACAAAAAGUGUGUCCGAAAUUUGGCGGAGCGGAUUCUCUCUUUUUGUUUUCAUGUGACAUAAAAGUAAAACACAGUCCGUCCACAUGGAUUUUUUUCACUAUUUCCUGCCCUAAAAUAAUUAAAUUUCCCUGUCACUGCACGCAGUAGCUGCGUCUACGCGGCUGCUCCUCCAUCCUCACAUUUAAUUUUUCCCAUUAAUGUUCCAUUCUCUACAAUUUGAAAUUUGAAAAUGAACAUAAAAAUAGCUAUAUGUCAGUGUAGGUAUUUACUCAUAUUUCAGAAGUGAAAUUAUUGAAAAAAACAAUGGGCGGCUACCGAGCUGUUGCUGCCGCAGUCAGCGGCGAUUCUUCCAAAUCCUCGGCUGAAUCUAGCUUCCGGGAACUUGAUGAUGUCUUUUUGCAGACUCAAACUAGAAUAUGGCUUGGGGAAGUUCUGAAGAUGAGGUUUGACGAGCACCUACAUAUUUCUGAUUUGCUUGCCGAUGGAGAUCUUCUGUUUGAAGUCUCCAAAGUAUUAUGGAAUAUGCUAUUGGUUAAGUGUGGCGAGCUAAGACAUUUGAAGUAUGAACCACUUGGUUCACGGAGAUGCAGUGGGAGAUAUAUGCCUUACUCUAAUGUUGACUCCUUCUUGAAGAUCUGCAAAAUACUGGGAUUAAAUGGUAUCGAUCUCUUCUCCCCAUCAGAUGUUGUUGAGAAAAAGAACAUUCGUAAAGUUUGUAUUUGCAUAAGGGCACUUUCAAAUAAGGCCUGUUCCAAACAAUUGAAGGUUCCUGACUUUGACUUGGUGACCUAUACGGUGGUCAUGCCAAAAGAUAUGGUAGGUGGCAUUCGAAGAAGCUUGGAGACAUCAAGCAGCCUUUCAAGUUCUUCUGGUUAUUACUCGUAUAAAGAAACAAGAUCAAAACAUAUGGAGAGAAAUAAAACCAGAGAAUCUGAAGGAAACUAUGAUUCUUUAUCUGAAGAAUCUAACGAGGCUGAGAGCAAGUUUGUGGGAGAAGAGUCUUGUUGCUCAUCUAUGAAUCAGCUUGAAGAUAAUAACGCCACAGAUUCAGAUGCAGACAAUUCUAUUGACGAACAUUCAGCUGUUAGAAAGAAUGGAAGAGAGAAAAUUAGUGUACUCUCAUGUUCUCAUGACCACCAUGUUUAUAAAUGUGAUUUCUGCAAGUACGGAUCAGAAUUAUCUAAAACUCUUCCAUCUCAGUGUGCUAGGAAUGACCGUACAGAAGAUAGUUGUUCAUCAAUUUGCACCAGUUCUCAAUCAAGAUCACAUCAUAGAACUUCUCGAGGAAAUGGAGGGAAAUAUAGUACUACCAAUGAUAGGAUACACUUUGAUUAUAGCGACCUUAACAUGGUAAAUGAUGAGUCAGUUGUUGGAGAUUCUAUGUAUGACAAUGACGUGGAAAGUAGUUAUAUAUCUAACUACUUAGCAUUCACAGAUUCAGUUAUUGGUGGAACUGAUGGAAGUACUCCUGUACUGCGGAAAGGUGAAGAUAAUAUUUUGAACCUUUUUAUGGCUAUUGAUUCUCAUGAACCAAAUUUAAGCGAAAGGACUUCCCAAAUUGGACUUCAGAAUAAAUUUUCUGAUACUGAAGAUGCAGAGGUCUCAUCAACCACUAGCAUGAGCUCUGUAUUAUGUCGGGUGCGUGCUUUGGAUUUCGAUGACCAAUUUGAUGCAGAUGAUUGUUUAACAGCAGAAACUCCUUGUGCCAUGCUGGAAAAUGAUGCUGAUAGGCAGUAUAAGUAUGCAUCUGCAAGUCAUAAUGCAUUGAAUGUUGCAACCAACGAGCUCAUGUUUCAUGAUACUAAAGAACCUUCUAUAGUAAAACCUAAAAUUUCUGGUAGUCUCACUGAGCUGACAUAUUCCUGUCCAGAUGGAUUGCAAUUUGCUGCUAGAGAGCCUCUUACUGAUAAAAUUGUCUCAUCGCAUGGAAAUAACUCAAAUUAUUUUGAUGAAGAAAUGGAGGCUGCUAGAAGUAAAAAUAAGUUUGUUGAUACUGCAUGUAGAAAUAAUCUUAAGAAUGUGUCUUUAGUUAACCCUAGUGAAGGAUGUGAUGGUGAUUCACAGUAUCUGAAAUUUGUUUCUGAUGAAGUCAGUAGUACAUGUGAACCAUCCAUGACUCUGGAUGGUGUUAACAUGGAUCAGAAUUCUGUUAUUUCUGCAUAUUAUUGUGAACAUAUUGAAAAAGGGUUCCCCUGUUCCUGCUCCCCUGUCUACGAUUCAGGAGAUGCAAGUGAAGUAUGUGAACCAACAGUUCCAGGAGAUGAUGGUGAUACAAAACAUAAAGUAUCAUAUGUGUUGGAAGAAAAUGCUUCACCGAGGCGGCAAGAAACAGAUGCUGGUCAAUUAAAUGACAAACAUCGUCACAGGCCAUUGCUGAAAACAGUUGCCAAAGGCACUGCACUUGUUGGUGUAUUGUGUCUGUUGCUGCAUUUCAGUCGUAGGAGAAACAAACAGGAAAACAGUGAAGCCGGCAGUAGACCAACUCAAAGUAAGAAGUUCCGUGGCAGAGAUUUCUCGUAUGGGGAUGGACAAAAUGGACGUCGAGUAGAUAAAGUUUAUCCUUCAGAAAAACUCAAGUUCAAGAAUUAGAUUCUGGAUCUGUGAGACUUAGUAAGAAGCAUGGCUGGUUUUUCAUAUGUUCAGCCCAUCUCAUUUUAGUGUAGAAUAAGCAUGAGGUAUGGUUCAUACGCUAAUAGCACAUUGAAUGGUAAAUUUUAGGUUUCCCUAUGCCGCUUAAAGAAGAAAAAAAGAAAAGUAAAUAGCUGCUUACUUCCAUGAGUUAAUGUAAUCUUGAAGGAAUUAAUGGCUACAAUCUCUGUAGUAGGCACAAAGCAUGUAAUGAUGGGAAACUAGCAUCUUGUACCCAUUUUUAAUUCGUACGUCACGUAGAAUACUAUUUAUAUACUUCAUCUUUUUUUUAUUAUGUCCUCUGAGGAACAUUUAUUUCUUUUAUUUCAUACUUUAUCUUUUGAAUCAUGAAAGAAAAAGUUUCUAACAGGACACUUAUGAAAAGGGAAAAAAAAGAAAGGAAAAAGAUACUGCCCUUCUCCUAAGAAAUAAGAUCAUAUUUCCUUAAGAUAUGCAUUUAUAUCAGAGCCAUCGUAAUUAGUUGAAUCGAUCAAAACACUAGGAUUGUUUCACGUUGUAUAUGUAUGAAUUAUGAUCCCUUGGAGACCAUUGGGGUUGAUUUGAGGAGGAUUCCAACGAAGGUAGAAGCUGAAAAUUUGUAGAAGGCCUCGUCUGCCUGAGGAAUGCUGCAAACGCAAACGCCGGAAAACUUGCAUGAAUCGCGGAGGCGGACUGCAUUUCGUGAAAGCGGAAUAAGGUUACCCGGAAAUUGUAGAACUCAAAUUGACUUCAAUUAUUACACAGGUAUUCUGCACUACUGAAAAUUUUUGCAUUCGGUGAUUGUACUUAAAGUUGUGUUGCUGAAGUUUGAGAAAUUUGAACCAAAAAGCUUUGCUAAAACUUAGUUGCAGCUAUCGUCUAAUACCUAACACUGAUUUGAACAAAGAUCAAAUUUCCCAAGCUUUUAAAAUUAAUUGUGUUCAGCUGGUUCUAGUCGAACUAAUUGGUAUUGGUUGUAGUAGUUUUGUUUCUAGAGUGUGGAAAUUGAUUUGAAAAGUUCAGCUGGGGACUGUUUAAAGCUGGAUUAAGAUCAGAAAAACCAGCUGAAGUUGGCGAGGUGCUGAAGAAGGGACUAUUCUGCAAAGGCGAUACUCAUUCUUAAGUUUCCAUUUCUUUUUUCAGUUUUCUUUAACAGAAGUUCAAUACAGUUUCAUUCUUUAGUUUUUGCAGAAAUUGCAGAUUGCAAUUUUUUGGUCCAGAUUUUGCCCAGUUUAAUUUUUGAGAACCUGCUGCUGUUUCUUAGCUGAAAUCUGUUGAAUAACUUGAAAUCUGAGUUUUAAACUGAAUUCUUCUUUGUUAGCUGCUGUUAGAAUCGAAUUAGCUGUUAGAAGAUUCAAUUCAGGGUUUGAGGAUUUGUUCCAAAAUUCUGGUAUUCUGAGUAUCCGAUUUGAGUUUGUAUUUUGGAAACUUGAAUUUGAAGUUUCGAUUUUUUUAUUGAAAGGGUUUGUGAUUGAAUUCGGUAUCUGCUGUGUAAUAUACUAGUAUUGUUUGGACGAGAAUCAGUUCUGAAGGUUUGAAACUGUUUACAGUGUAUUGAAACCAAAGUUCACCAAAGUGGGUGGGAAAUAUCAUCUGAAUUUCAAUUCCUUUUUACUAAAGUCUUUUUGGAAUGAAGGAUAUUUGUAGUUGUAAAAAAGCAACUUGAUUUUUCGGGGAAUUGGGACAGUCUGGUGUGAAUUGAAUCAACUUGGGUCAAAUUUGAGCUGCAAAAUCUGCAGCAAAACAGCAACUCAAGAAGCUAUCCCGAAAAUUUCAGACUUCCAUCGACUUCCAUGCAGAGCUGAUCUCAGCACUGAUUUAUGAAUUCUGCACAGUCCAGUUUCGCACAGUUAUUUCUGCAUAGUCCAGUUUCUGCACUGUCAAAAAUUCUGCAGUUUGGUUCAGUUGGGGUUACGCCAAACUGAUUUGGAAAUUGGUUGUGACAGGAAGUUGUCGAAGUUAUUCUUUGAUGACUCUUACAGUUUAAGUUCGUAUGUACACACUGCUUGAGGACUGUUCGAAUUCUGGAACAGGAGAACACCUGCAGAUUUGAAAGAACUUGAUCUUCUGGUAUCAUUGGAAGUUUUGGAGCUGUUUUGAAGAAGGCUUUGGAGCAGAUUGUAGCAGUUUCAGUUGGAAUAAAAAAGUUCGACAUAGCCUUUUCAUUACUGUCCAGUUUUAACAACCUGCCACUGUGAUUAGGAGUCUUAUUUUUUGCAUCAAUUCUGAAGUUGUACUUUUCAUUCCCUGGUGAAUGUAACAGAAGAAAUUUCCAGAAAAGUGUCCAGUUUCUUUAAUUAGUGUAACUGUUUUCUUCUAAUGUUUCA